CAGAGCGCCAGGACCCCACGGACCCAGGGUCUCGACGCCGAACGGAACAAAACUGUAUUCGGCACCACGACCGCGGUAUUUCCCCACCUUUGCGUUUUUACUUUUACUAAAUGACCAUACAAGUUUUUCUAGACUCUGAAUUUCUUAAAAAACUCCGCUCACGUGGAAAUGUCUUAGUCUGAGAACGUGCCCAUGUUUGACACUGACAGCUGAUGUUUAUGACGUUAUAUUGAUGGCGUUGAGUUGAUCCAAGUGAUUAUAUGCUCUUUGAGUUGAUCGUUGAUUUGGUUGAUUUGCUUUGCUUGACGUGUUGUGUUGAGAUGUGAACCACAGCUUUUUCAUUGAUUAAUAAUACCGGGUAGGGUAGAGAAAACUAUUUCAGAAGCGAAAAUUGUCUGUUUUGAUACAUAAUUCUUAAACAUUGUAGAUAAAAUAUAAUCAACAAUGUCUAACUUUGGAAAUGAAGGAGAAAUUUUAUUAAGGGAGAAGUAUGUUUCCUCAUCAAAAGAGAGGCUUUACAUCAAGCCACCUGAGCAGCACAACAUUGUUAUAUUAGAAGAGAGGCGGUUCAGUGAUAUAACUAGCUGGUUUACCCAAAUAUUUCUACCUCAGGGCUAUCCAGACAGUGUUAGCAAAGAUUACUUACCAUACCAAGUGUGGGACACAGCGCAAGCUUUCUGCAGUACAAUUUCAGGAAUUCUUGCAACUCAGGAGGUACUUCGAGGAGUGGGGGUGGGAGAUACUAAUGCCACCCCUCUUGCAGCUACUAUUACUUGGGUCCUGAAGGAUGGUUGUGGACACAUUGGGAGAAUAUUAUUCGCUUUUAGUCACGGAACUUUCCUAGAUGCAUACAGUAAAAAAUGGAGACUUUAUGCUGACACUCUUAAUGAUGCAGCAAUGUGCAUCGAAAUAGCUUUACCGAUGUUCCGGAACUACACUACAUUUGCAUUAUGUGUCAGUACCGUCAUGAAGGCUAUUGUGGGUGUUGCAGGUGGUGCUACUCGAGUAGCGAUGACCCAACACCACGCAAUAAGAGGCAAUAUGGCUGACGUAUCGGCGAAGGAUUCUGCUCAAGAAACUGCGGUUAAUCUCAUUGCUUCACUCACAGCACUGCUAAUUAUUACGUUAUUUGGAAAUUCUAUUAUAAUAUUUAUAUUGAUGAUUAUACUUCAUAUUACGUUCAACUAUUUUGCUGUACGAGCUGUUUGUUUAAAAACAUUGAAUGAACCAAGAUUCCUACAAGUAAUCGAAACAUAUUUGAAGAAAGAAGUUUUGGCUACUCCAUGCGAAAUAAAUCAGAAUGAACCAAUCAUAUUUUAUCAAUUAGGACCAAAUCUAUUAGACUUGAAGAUAGCCGGAUUUCAGAUAAAAUUAGGAGGUUCAGUAAAGUCCUUUCUACAGCGUAAUCCCAAGGCAGCGUGUUUGAAGGUUCUGAGCGAGAUCUACGAGCGUCGCGAGUACAUGCUGCUCCCGGACGUGGCGAGCCGCCAACUGUUAGUGGUGGUGAAGGAUAUGGCCGCGCCGGACGACGUCUUGUGUGCAUACUUCCACGCCGUGCUGCUGUCUAUCGUGACGUGCGCUAUCAACGACCACCAUUUGCCAAUAUAUCAAAGCACAGGCUAUCCCCGGCCUUUCGCCCUGGUGUGUCAAGCGGUGCAAGCGGCCGAGUGGAGCCGCGUGGCCGCGCCCGGCGCCGCCGCUGGCCGCUUCUCGUACGGGCCGUCGGCGGAGCUGGCGCGCUACGUCGACAAGAUCGUCAACAAGGAGUGGCAUCGGAUGAGGGCUGGUAUGAGGCAGACAGGUUGGGACUUGAGUAAACACUUGCUAAUGGUGGACGAAUGGCGUAUAUGUAACCAAGCCAACGCCACAGAAGAACCACCCUCGAAUAAAUUUCAUUUAAAUGAAGAAAUCGGUAAGCCGGGCAACAAAUUAGCAUUUGGCGACUUACUGGGCGAAACCAUGGAUAUCGACAAUAGAGAAUUCACGGUUGAACCCAAUGGGAAGUUCGAGAAUCAGCCGAGUGGAAUGACAUUUAGAAGACAAUCUGAUGCGAAAGUACUGAACGCGACCGAAGCGAUACCCGACGUGAUUGAUCUCGACAAGCAAUGACUGGUAGAAGUCGACGUGGAUGUUAUUAAGCUGCGUCCGCUGCUACCUGUUAAAAGCAAGCUUUAGGACUGAAUCACUUGAAUCACCGAACGCAUCAAACAGUAGAUCUACGACAGAUAUCCUCUUUGAGUUACAAGAAAGAUCCUCUGUUGAGUUGUCACGUAUAGCAUUCGGUCAAAGAGUUUGUUUUCGAUAGGAAUAAGUAUUCUUGGAAGCACAGAUGGAGGGUUGCAGCAGUCUUAACCGUAAUCGGAGCAUACCUAUAGACUUUCAAUUCGCAAUGUUUGAGUUUGAUAACAGGACUACCACAGGCAAAUGAACUAUUAGAUGUGAGUCAGUAUGAUAAGCCUUAACUAAUUGAUGCCGAUAACGAUUAUCGACAUUUUGCGUUACUUACUUUCACAAUUAUUAGGACUUCUCUUUUUUCGGAAGGCGAUAAUUCACUCAUAAGCUCAGUUCUCUAUACAAACGUAGUUACACUCUCAUUAACAACUAGCUAGAUUGCUCUGAAACUUGGUACUUACAAUACGAUAAGGUAUACCUUCUAUGUCUAUAGUUUCAGAUCCCAUAGUUAAAAUACGGUUAAUUUAAAAGCCUUCGUUAGUUGUAUAAGUUGGAGCUAUAAGUAUACCUCAUGUCACAGACAUAUGUCUAAAGUUUCAUUACGAUCCAACAUGUAGUUUUAAAAUGAGAACGAAACUUCGUUUGUAUGGGAAGAUAAAAUUCGGCCGAGCUUGCCGAGGACUACUAAAAAUACUUCCUAAUUCCAAUACAUUCCAUACUCUGUA